AUGAUAAAUCAUGCUUAUUCAAAUUAUGCUAAAUAUGCAUGGGGUGCUAAUGAACAUCGUUCUAUAUCAAAAACAAGUCAUUCAGCAAAUAUAUUUGGAUCAAGUCCAUUAGGAAUAUCAAUUAUUGAUAGUAUUGAUACAAUUUAUUUAGCUGAUCUUAAAGAAUUUUAUCAAAAAUCUCGAGAUUGGAUUGAAACAAAAUUUGACCCAAAUGUGGCAAGUGAAGUUUCAGUAUUUGAAAUAAAUAUUCGUCUUGUUGGUGGUUUUCUUUCAAUAUAUGCAUUAACAAAUGAUAAAUUAUAUCUUGAUAAAGCUGAAUUAGUAGCUGAUCGUCUUCUUCCAGCAUUUGAUACUCCAACUGGAAUUCCUCAUGCUCUAAUAACAUUAUCAAAUGGAGCUUCAAAAAAUUGGAAUUGGGCUGGUGGUGGUUGUUCAAUAUUAUCCGAAUUAGGAACAAUACAUCUUGAAUUUCAAUAUUUAUCUCAAUUAACAGGCAAAGAUAUUUAUUUACAAAAGGUAGAAAAAAUUCGAAAAGUUCUUAAAGAUGCAUCAGAAAAUCAUCUGUAUUAUAAUUAUAUUAGUCCUCAAACAGGAAAAUGGUGUCAAAAACAAGCAUCUCUUGGUGCAUUAGGUGAUAGUUUUUAUGAAUAUUUAUUAAAAAGUUGGAUUUUAUCAGGAAAAAAAGAUGAACAAGCUCGUUCAAUGUAUGAAGAUGCUAUGAAAGCAGCAGAAGAAUCAAUGUUAAGAAAAACUCCAACAACAAAUUUAAUGUAUUUUGGUGAACAACGUUCAGGUCGUUUAGAUCCUCAAAUGGGUCAUUUAACAUGUUUUGUUGGUGGUCUUUAUGUAUUAUCUGCUUUAUCUGCUGCUCUAUCAACAAAUACAUCGACAAAUAAUCAAAUGGAAAUAGCACGAUCUAUUGGAACAACAUGUCAUGAAGCUUAUAUAAGAACCGCAACUGGCCUUGGUCCUGAAGCUUUUCAUUUUGAAAGAGUUGAUGUUGAAGCUAAAUCAUUACGAGAGAAUGAAAAAUAUUAUAUAUUAAGACCUGAAGUUAUUGAAACAUGGUUUUAUUUAUGGAGAAGUACACAUGAGCAAAUUUAUCGAGAUUGGGCUUGGGAUGCUAUUAUUAGUCUUGAAAAAUAUUGUCGAGUUGAUGGUGGUUAUUCCGGUAUAAAAGAUGUUUAUUCAUCAUCAGUUAUCCAUGAUGAUGUUCAACAAAAUAUUUUUCGAUUUAAUUUUUCUAUAUUAUUAACAUUUAUUUUAAUAUAUUCAAUUAAUAUAAGUGUUGGAACAAUAAAUGAAUUAAUUGAAAAUAAUGUUAAAAAUUUUUUUUCAUUAUGGACAAUAUCUUGUUCAGAAUGGUUAAACGUAUUUACAAAUGAUGCUGUUUGGUAUCAUCCGAAUUUUCCUGAUGGUUUACAAUAUAAUCAAUUAUUAGAUUUUUGUCAAAUGAAUCAACUAGUUAAACCAGCAUUAUUUCGUCAAGAUGGUCAAAUACGAGUUACAAUAAGUGGUAAUAAAACAUCAUCAUCAAAUUUCUAUCAUGUUAUGGUUCCUUAUGUUUAUGGACAAAUUCAAAAUGGAAAUAAUAAUUCAUUAUUUAUUAAUAGUGGUUAUGAAUAUAUUCAAUUAGUAAAUAAUCGAAAAAAUCAACUUCAUAUUAAUAUGGUUGUUGAAUUCUUUAAUCGAGCUUCAUUACCAUUCGCUUGGCUACCAAACAAUUAA